UCAGACUGGGGUGUGUGACGCAAGUAACCGAAGGCCUACGUGCUAAAAGGAACAGAUACAGGAUCAGUUUAAUGCAACAUUUCAGCUUUUGACAAUAGCGUUGUAAAACACCAACAGACCCGAGGUCAGAAUUUAGACAAAGCGUGGCUCAAGCUCGAGGAGGGGUCGGUCACGUGAUACGUGUACCUGCAGCUCCUUUUGCGGAAGAUAAUUGGCGGAGAGAAAACAGGUGGAUAAUUCAACAGUCUUCUAGAUCUUAAAGGUUUAGUGAUGAUUCUUAUAUGAAAAGAAUCUCUGGCUCUGAAAAGAAAUGUCUGUCCUUAUUCGAGAGAGCUGAGGGAUGAUCCAAACAACUUUAACAAAUGAGCAGCAAUGGGCAAGGUGAUUGUGGCCAGUGACUGUUUGUGAAAAGCCUGCAGGCCCUGCUCCAGCUCGCAUGUCUGCUGCAGGCCGCUUCGAUGUGCUCGGCCCCCACUAUGAUGAGGUCCCUGUGGGGUCCCUGUGGAGGGAGCCCCCACAGCCCCCCUGGCCCCCACGGCCGCUGGAGGAGCUGCGAGGAACAGAGCUGGCCCUGAGCGCAUGCCCCCUGCCGCCCCCCCCCCUGCCAGAGACCCCCCCCGUGGGCCCCGCCCCCAGCGAGGAGCAUCUGGAGGAGGACCAGGAUGCCAUGGACAUCAAACCCGUCCGCCGCUUCAUCCCAGACUCCAUCAAGAACUUCUUCCGUGAAGGCAGUAACCAUAGCAGCAAGCCCUGGGCCCCUCUCCCCUCCCCGCCACUCACAGAGAAGGACAAUCAGACGACAGAGGGCAUCCCCUGCUCGCCCCCGCACUCCCCAGCACUCUCUCUCCACGACUCCUACCUGGACCCCUACGGGGGCUCUGGGGGCAGCUACAACUCCCAGAAGGAGCGUGAUGCCAUGCUGCUGGGGGCGGAGGCUGUGGACUCUGAGCGGACCUUCCGCUCGGCCAUGACGUACAGUGAGCGCGUGGAGGACUACCACCUGCGCUACGCCUACAUGAAGUCCUGGGCGGGGCUUCUGAGGAUCCUGGGCUGUGUGCAGCUACUGUUGGGUGCUGCUGUGUUCGCCUGCGUCUGCGCCUACGUACACAAGGACAACGAGUGGUUCAACAUGUACGGAUACUCCCAGCCGGGGGCGUUUGGGGGGAUGGGCGGAGCUGCGUUUGGCGGCUCGGUCAACUACACCGGGCCCAAAACGCCGUUCGUGCUGGUGGUGGCGGGACUGGUGUGGGUGGUGACGGUGAUUGUCCUGGUGAUGGGGAUGACCAUGUACUACCGCACCAUCCUCCUGGAUUCCACCUGGUGGCCGCUGACAGAGUUCUCCAUCAACCUGGUGCUGGGGCUCCUCUACAUGGCUGGGGCGCUGGUCUACGUGACCGACCUCAUCCGAGGAGGGCUCUGCUAUUACCCGGUGUUCAACAACCCCGUUAACGGGGCUUUCUGCCGCACUGAGGCGGGCCAGACGGCCGCCAUCAUCUUCCUGUUCUUCAACAUGUUUCUGUACCUGGUGAGCAGCGCUGUGUGUCUGAAGCUCUGGAGGCAUGAGGCUGCACGGCAGAGGAGAGAGGCGCUGGAACAGGAGAUGAAAACUAUUGGAUCUGCUCUGCCACUGUCUAUGCUGGACGGGGGCUCCAGGACGUCUGAGUGGACCCCCCUGCCAACGCUGCCCCCUGGAGGCCUGGAGUCCCAGCCGCCCGCCCCGCGUCUGCUGGAGCCGGAGAUCCUGAGAGGGCACAUCCCCGCAGGACACAUCCCCAAACCCCUGGUAAUCGCGGACUACGUGGCGAAGUACCCGACCAUCCGUACGGAAGAGGAGAGGGACCAGUACAAGGCUGUGUUCAAUGACCAGUACGCCGAGUACAAGGAGCUGCACGCCGAGGUCCAGGCCCUGUCCAGGAAGUUUGAGGACAUGGAUGAAAUGAUGCGCAACCUGCCCCCACGCCCCUCCAGCCAGCAGGAGAAGGAACGGAUCAACACCAUUGUGCAGGAGUACCAGAGGAAGAGAAAUGAUCCUACAUUUCUGGAAAAGAAGGAGAGAUGUGAGUACCUGAAAAACAAACUAUCUCACAUCAAGCAGAAGAUCCAGGAAUACAACAAGGUCAUGGACUGGAAUGAUGGUUUCAGCUAAACUAUAGUUUGCUCUCUCUAUCUCUCUCACAAACACACUCACUCACUCGACAUGAUAUAUCCUAAUAGUCAGAUUUUUUUAAGGUUUUAAUCUGCCAGAAAAGGGUUGAUCUGAAAAGUUUUUUUGUUGAGUUUUGUGUAUGUGCCAAUAAGCCAUAAAUAUGAGUUAAGACUUAGACUGAAUCCCAAUACUACCCUUUGACCCACCUUAGUAUUGGGAUUCAGACUUAUUCUUUCACUGGUGUUAUGUGCUAUUUCAGAGUUGAAUAUUAGACGUGUAUAGAACAUGGACAUAUAUAGAAACUGGACGUGGGGACAUUUAUUGUUUUGUAGAACCUUUCUGUGAGCAUGUCAAACUGGAACAUGACAACAUCUCUUUUCCACUGAAGAAACUCCUUGAAACGAUUAAAUCACCAAUGCAUAGUUUACUCAACAUAUCUCCCCUCAUUUUUUACGUUUUAAUUUAUGUAUUAAUGCUUUAAUGUCAUAGGAACUGUUUUGACAAGUUACGUGUAUUUGUGCUUUUCUAAUAUGAUGUGAUAUUAAGUCACUUAUCUACUAUUAAACAAUGAAGGUGGAUUUUGGAUUUCUUGGCAUUUGUCUUAUUUCAUUUUUUACCUUUGUGUAACACUUAAAAUAUGCUGACGUUAUGUUUUCUUUUGUAAGUUGAGCUCUUGACUAAUAUAUGAACAUAGUAUGUAAGUAUACAACACAUUGUUUUAGUAAACAAACUCAUAAUAAAAAUGUGAAUUCUAAAACUG